AUGCAAGCAAGAGAUGAUACCACGUUCAAGGAUAUCGGAGGUAUGAAGCAAGUCAAGAUCGCUCUCACCGAGAUGGUCAUAUUGCCAUCCGUUCGGAGCGACAUCUACACCGGGCUCAGGACUCCCCCGAGAGGCCUUCUCCUGUUUGGUCCCCCCGGUAACGGAAAGACGUACAUCGCACGCGCCGUCGCGAACGAAGUCAAGGCGACCUUCUUCUCCAUAAGUGCGACCUCGUUCGCGUCCUCUCUAGUAGGCGAUGCGGAGAAUCUCCUUCGAGCUCUGUUUACGGUGGCUCGGAAGAAACAACCUUCUCUCAUAUUGAUAGACGAGAUAGACAGCAUCCUCACGAAGAGGUGCGAGAACGACCAGGAGUAUACCCGCAAGCUGAAGACCGAGUUCUUCGUUCAAUUCGACGGGGUGGCGACCGACAAGAGCGACAGGGUCACGGUCAUCGCGGCUACGAACCUGCCGCAGGAGCUGGACGACGCAGCCGUGCGACGAUUCGAAAAGAGGAUCUACGUCGGCUUGCCGGAUCUCUCGACGAGAAGGCAAUUACUGGAAAAGCAUCUGCAGCCAAACAUUCCGAAUCCUAGAUCACAGAAGAAUAGGGCCGAACUCUUGAUUGCAAAGGAAAUCGCCAGGAAGCAAGAAGCCGCCAGGCAACGGGAAAGGAACGAGGCUGCCCGUCGGAUGACGGAGAGGCUCCAUCAGGCUGCAGAAGCAAGACGCAGGCGGGCCGCGGAAGAGGCACGUGCCCAGGCAGAAGCUGAGAGAAGACGAGCCGAGGAGGAGUAUGCAGAGAGCGUUAGACAGCGGGCCGAGGAGUUUGCACGUGCCUAUGCAGAAAAUGCUGAGCGACGACGACGGGCGGAGGAGGCCGCGCGUGCCCAGGCAGAAGCCGACCGACCGGUCCUCACCGCUUAG